CAACCAGAACCAGAAUUUUGUCUCUUUCUUUCUGGUCAAGUUACUGUUAUUUUCUCUCAAUUUCUCUCUCGCCCUCAUCAGGUGUAUAAUUGAAUCUCUCUCUCUAACCAUCUCUUGUGUCCAUCAUCUUCGUAGAUUAAAACCUAAUCAACUUGAUCGUAUUUACAAUUUGCCUGUUCACUUUUGUUUUGUUUUCUUCUUUUAUUCUCUGUGUGUUAUACAAAUAGACACAUUGAUAACUAUCGAUGAGAAAAAUUAGUAAUAUGAUUAUGACCAAUGAUGAGAGGGAAGUUUGUCGAUCGCUUGUCUGUGAUUCUAAUGGAAUCAUUAUCGCCGAGAUGGUCUAUCGGUGUAUGAUCUGUGCAUACAUUUCAGAUUCUAUUGGAGAUGCUCAGCGACAUUACCAAGUUCGACAUAUGGAUACUGAUGUUAUCCAAUCUCCAUCUUCUACCACCUUAACACCUUCUUCAACCAAUACAACAACAAAUCCAUCAUCUCAUCAUCUUCACCAUCACUCGAAACCCGAACCUUUAGAUUCUCUUGAUGACGAAGAAGAAGAUGAUUCAGAAGAAAUGGAACCCACUGGAUCAACGUCUCCUUCCAACGCCCGUGGUGGUUUUGUUACUUGUGCAGUUUGUCAUAUAACCAAAUUUUAUGCCUCAGUACAACGGCGCUAUGGUCAAUUUACCUGUAUGGGAUGUGCGAAAUUUUUUGGUAGAUUUUUGAUUAAACCUCGAAAAUAUUGUUGCCCUAAUCUUGGUAAUUGUCCUCUUGAUGCGACGCCUCGAUGUAAGGCCUGCCUCCUUCAAGCCUGUAUCGAUACUUACCAGAUUGACGAGAAAAGGAUGAAAAUAGUAAAUCUCAAUCGACCAGUUCGUAAGCAACUAGUAACCCGUCAGCCAAACUCAUCAACUAACAAAUCAAAUGAAUUAAACUCAUCAAAUCAAUUAUCAUCUCUUCCAAUGUCAAAUAUAAGCACCAAUAGUAGCAUAACACUUAAUUCACCGGUCAAUAAUGGUAAUUCAGGACUUAUCGAUCCAACUAAAGGCAGUAUAUUAGGUCAACAAUUAACUUCAUCACCCGCAUCAUCAUCUUCAUCAUCAACAGCAGCAGCAGCAACAGCCUCAUCAAAAACUUCUCGCACUACAACAUCAACACCAAACACCGCAGUUUUGGCUCUUCUCCGAUCAACCGGCAAAAAGAACUGGGGCUGCCGUAAAUGUGCUGGUUGUCUAGUCGAAGAUUGUGGCAAGUGCAAUUACUGUCUGGAUAAACCAAAAUUCGGCGGCGCCAAUACCUUAAAGAAAAAAUGUAUCCAAAGAAAGUGUCUUCUUCAAGAGCAACAGAAAUUGGAGCAAGCACAAAAUAGCUUGAGAAAUGCUCUUAAGUGAAUCUCGCAAUAUGACAUCUCAAACGAUCUUCUCUCUCUCUCUCCCUUUCUCUUUCUCUCUUUCUCUCUUUCUUUCUUUUUCUCUCUUAUUCUAAAACAUUUUAUGUGCGUCUCCUUCGGUCUCCCGGUGAUUAGAACCGGGAACGUGAACCAUUUUAUUUUCAUCUCAAGACCAACAAGAAAACCAACACUCACACAUAAGCAACAUUUUCUACACUCUGAACAUGACAUAACUUAACUUCCUUCCUCUUUUCCUUAUCUCAUUUACCUCAUCCUUUGACAUCAUCCUCAUCAUCCAUAGACCAUAUAAUCUCUCUUCAUCUUUCGCCAUCAUUAUGGUUUAAAAGUCUCGAUUGGUAUUGACCUCUACUCACUCUCUCUCUCUCUCCUCUCUCUAUGAUCUGUCUGCCUCUUGCUUUUGCAUUCUUACCAUCAAAUUUUCUCAAAAUUUAACCUACAAAAGUCUCAUCCUGAUCGUUCUCAUCAUCCGCAUCCUCCAUCUUUUUUCCCCAUUAUUUCUCUUCAAAUCGAGUGUGAAGAAGAAAAAAAAACACUUAAUUUAUAUUAUUUAGCAAACGAAAAACAAAAACCCGAAAAUAUCUCAGUGUACUUUUGCUUUAACACUUUUUCAUAGUCAAUCAACUUAAAUUAAAAACCUCUAGUCAAUUUUGUUUCUUUUUGCUCUUACAAGA